AUGACGACCCGAUCAGAGAGAGAGAAGGCCCUGAAACUCAACGAGCAGCAUCAGGCCAUUCUGUCCAAAAUGCUGAGAGAGGACGACAACAAAUACUGCGCCGAUUGUGAGGCGAAAGGUAACUAUAUAACACGAUGUAAACUUCGUUAAAUUAUGUGUCAUUUGAUGUUACAUUACUGUUCCAGUUUCAGUUAUUCGUCUAGCCAGACUCAGACUGAGUUGUUAGCUAGCUAUGCUAUGCUAACUGUAUGUAGCAGCUAGUCUGCUGACACCUUCCUUCCUCUUUAGCAUUUAGCCGGUAGCAACUAGGCUAGCUAGCUUGCAAAGCUAUGCUAGGUAGCAUUUUGUCUCCCACCACACCCCAUGAUCCAAACUUUAGUCAUACAUGUAAAUGCAAGUUUCUACACCUUUGCACCAUGAAAGUCACCACUGGGAAACUAUCCCUAAAUGUCAAAACAUGUCACUCUAAAAUAAUACACAGGGAAGACAUGCCAAUCUGAAGUCCUGUUGUGACACCUGCCCCACAGGUACAGACAUGUUUUGAUAAGUGAAUCUUCCCUUACCUGGGUCGUGAUCAUUAGACACCUAACAGAAGAGAACGGACUGAAACCGGGAGGGACUACCUGAACUUGUUCUGUUGCAAAACAUUUAGCUUCGAUGUGCACUAACGAGUACGACGCUGUCUCUGCCUGCCAGGUCCAAGAUGGGCAUCAUGGAACCUGGGAGUGUUUAUCUGUAUCCGAUGUGCUGGCAUCCACAGGAAUCUUGGGGUACACAUAUCACGGGUAAAAUCUGUCAACCUGGACCAAUGGACAGUAGCACAAAUACAGGUAACUAGCCAAUGUCCAAGAUUUAUAAUAUUCAUAAAUUGGACAUUUGGGAUGUCAUAUAUUGACCUAUAUUUAUUGACACUGACACCUCUCUUUCUUGUAUAUCCUACUGGCCGAAUACAAAGUUGCCUUAUUAACCCAUACUUAUCAUGUCCCUCCUGCUGUUUCACUAUCCACCCUCCACCCCUCUUUCUCUCUAUCUCUAUCUCUCCCUCUUGUCUCACAGAGCAUAGUAGAUAUGGGCAACUCCAAGUCCAGGCAGCUUUAUGAGGCCAACCUUCCAGACAACUACAGAAGGCCCCAGACAGACCAGUAUCCUUACAACCACACACACACACACACACACACACACACAGUCUCUCUCUCUCACACACACACACACACACACACACACACACACUGUGGUUCCCAAAAAGCUUCCCAUAACACAGAUACUUAACCCUUUUAUAAUAUUGCUAAUUUUUUUCCUUAACCCCUGACCCCAGAGCAGUGGAGUUCUUCAUCAGGGACAAGUAUGAGAAGAAGAAAUACUACAGCAAGAAUGUGACCAAUGGAGGCAGCGUAUGUAUCUCUGACACCACACUCAAACUGGCUUGCGGAUAGUGCUAGAAUGUGUAACACUGUCUUAUUUGUAUUUAGAUUCUCCAAAGUGUUGCUUGUUAUGUGUUAGGUUAAAGGGAUACUUUGGGAUUUUGGCAAUGAGGCCCUUUAUCUACUUCCCCAGAGUCAGAUGAACUCUUGGAUACCAUAUGUAUGUCUCUGUGUCCAGUUGGAGGUAGUUUCACAAGCCAAUGCUAGCAUCUAUUUCCACAGGUGGUUAUGGUGCUGCUGGGUUACUGUUAUUGUGGAUAUGGCCUAAACAUUUUGGAACAUUAUUCAAACAAGAUUAGGCCUAUAUCUCACUUCCUCCAUUGCUUUUUUCUAAUUUCCUCUUAUGAUGUUCCUAUACAGCCAAAAGACAAGGAGACCAAGAGAGAGAAGGAAACUGAUAGAGGAACCAAGCUGUCAUAUAAUGCCAAGGUACGGUGGUUUUUGAAUGGAUACAUAUUUAGACUCCUUAUAAGAUAUCUGUCUCAACCCAACCCAUAUUCCUUUUUCGGCAAUCACACUGUACUCCCUGUUUGUCUCUUUUGAGCUUUGCAGUCAGCAUUAUAGAUUUAUUUUCAUUACAACUGUUCCACUCAUCAUGACACUCCAUUCUAUAGCGGUCAGGUUUUAGUUGUUUAAUGGGAGCAGACUUAAAGGGCAAUUCCGCCACUUUUCAACCUCAUAUUCAUUCUCCAGCACCACACCAUUGUCUACAUAUGUGGAAAUGGCACAUUUCUAUGAUUUGUGGUUAAAAAGAUAAUAAAAAAUGCUUAGCUGUAACAUUACAGGGUAGGAUUAAAAGUAAGAAAACUGUGAUUUUCAAGACUUGCAACAUGUUUCUAGCCAGAGAGAGGGUAUUUUCUUGCUCCCCAUGUCACCAAUCUCAUAGUGUUUUUUUUUUUUAAAUGUUUAAACUUUUUAUUAUGUCAUCGGGUAGAACUUAGACUUUAUCAAUUUUUUUCUACAAAAAGUAGAAAUGCGCCAUUUUCACAUUUGUUGACACUGGUAUUGUGCUGGAGAUAAUGAAAAUGAGGUUGAAAAGUGGUGGAGUUGCCCUUUAACAGUCUAGUAUGGCAAACUGUAUGGAAAACAUGACUGUUAACAGGUCCGGCAUUAUACUAGUACUUAAUAUAACUAUUUACAAAUGUCCAUGGUCACCAUGUCCAGCAAAUGGAUUUGUUGUGGUGCAUCUCACUGUGUAGUUACUUUGACGUGUUGAUACAUUGAUGUCUUGGUGAAAAGUAGAUCAUCCUUGGGGUUAGGGUUAGAGUGCUGGGUGUCGAGCUCCCGGCAUGUUUGUUCCUAGACAAAGCAUUGAGCAAUGCAUUGAAUGUGGUCAAGUAACCCAAGGCUGAUGAUGCAACUAACCUUUGACCUCUAAGAGGGCUUGACCUCUGAGGGUUUGAAAUAUCCCUCACAUGUCUAAUGAGAAGUAAACCUCAGGAUCUUUGUUUCAUUAUGAACUAAAUCUAUGCUCAACCGAAGCCCUCCAUAUUUAGCCAUUAGUCUGGAAAAAGCUUAACACGUUACUUCCAAGACUACAUUAUUAUUUUUUCACAAUCAUUAUGCCUUUUCUAUUGGACUCCUCACCUCUGAAGAGUGAAGAGACCCGGCAAGCCCCCAAAGCCAGUCCUGUGAAGAUUGCAGAACCUCCCGUCAACCUACUUGGCCUUGGUAAGACCAAACCAAUCAGUUUUCCAGUCAACCAGGGUCGAAUUCAUUAGCAAAUGGUCAUAUUCAGGGUUGUAUUCAUUAGCAAAAUGUUUUGUGGCAGAAAAACGAAAAUUAGAGUUUCAUAUUGGACAAGUUCAGGUAGUCCUUCCUGGUUUCAGCCCGUUUCCUUUCGUUUGGUGCCUAUUGAAUACGACCCUACUGACAGUAAACCAGUCAGUUAUUCAGACAUGCUGAGUCCUGAACAAUACACAUUCUUCUUAUGUACAUUUUGUCCUCCCCUGUAUAACCUGUUUUAGACUUCUCUCAGUUUUUUUAACUCUCUCCCUCUCUAGAUGCUCCAACAGCGGCCCCUGCUAACAAUGGUAUUGCUGCUAGCACAGCAAGCAGCGACUUGGAUAUCUUCGGCCCCAUGGUGUCCAACCCCCUCCCUUCAUCUAAUGCUGCUGCUCAGUUCUCUCAG